AUGGGAUACAAGGCCGGGAUGACCACCAUUGUCCGCGAUCUUGAUAGACCUGGCGCGAAGAUGCACAAGAAAGAGAUUGUCGAAGCUGUCACUGUGAUCGAGACGCCCCCGAUGAUCGUCGUCGGCCUCGUCGGCUACAUAGAGACACCCCGCGGCCUGCGGUCCCUUACCACUGUGUGGGCAGAGCAUCUGUCUGACGAAGUCAAGCGCCGCUUCUACAAGAACUGGUACCGGUCGAAGAAGAAGGCAUUCACCAAAUACGCAAAGAAACACUCGGAGAACAAAGGUUCCUCGAUCACUCGGGAACUCGAGCGCAUCAAGAAAUACUGCACAGUCGUCCGUGUACUUGCUCAUACUCAAAUCCGUCAGACACCCCUCAAGCAAAAGAAGGCGCACUUGAUGGAGAUUCAGAUCAACGGUGGCAGCGUGGCAGACAAGGUCGAAUUUGGCCACGGCCUGUUCGAGAAGCCGGUUGAGAUUGACACCAUCUUCGAGCAAGACGAGAUGAUUGACUGCAUCGCUGUCACCAAGGGUCAUGGUUUCCAGGGCGUCACCAGCAGAUGGGGCACCAAGAAGCUUCCCAGAAAGACGCACAAGGGUCUGAGAAAGGUUGCCUGUAUUGGUGCCUGGCAUCCUUCGCACGUCCAAUGGACUGUUGCCCGCGCCGGUCAAAUGGGUUACCAUCAUCGUACCUCUGUCAACCACAAGGUCUACCGCAUUGGCAAGGGCAAGGAUGAGAAGAAUGCGGCCACCGACUUCGACGUCGUGAACAAGCAGAUCACCCCCUUGGGUGGUUUCGUCCGUUAUGGCGAGGUCAAGAACGACUUCGUCCUCCUCAAGGGCUCUGUCCCCGGCGUCAAGAAGCGAGUCAUGACCCUGCGCAAGUCCAUGUUCCCUCACACCUCUCGCAAGGCUCUGGAGAAGGUCGAACUCAAAUGGAUCGACACGUCGUCCGAGUUCGGUCAUGGUGCAUACCAGACCCCUCAGGAGAAGAGGCAGUUCUUGGGUACGCUCAAGAAGGAUCUUGUUGCUGCUUCAUGA